AAGUUCGUCGACGGAUUCGAACACAAUCCCUCAUUGGUGGGCGUCAAGGGCACCGACACAGCUGCCAACGUCGCACCCUUCGACUUCGAUAUGGGAAACACACUGGCGCUCCCUGGGAAGUACCAUGUGUGUUUCUGUGGCGAGGGCAGCGACUGUAUGAAUGAAGAAGACUUCUUCGUGCAAGUUGGAAACCUGGAGGUGAAAGGUAAGAAAGCCUUGAAACUCCUAUGGGCUUUUUGCCUGCGAUGAUGCCGUCGUCUCACAGGUCCAACGGGUGACGAAAACUUUUUUUGCCAGGUUAAUCUUCUGGAGAGCUCCUCUUUGCCACAGCAAGAGGCAGAUACACCUGGAUGCGUCACGUCUUUUGUGUGUACCUUGCCAGAUUGUGGGCGAAUGUACAGUCAAUGUUGCCGGAGAGUGUAAGGCGCGGAGCACUGAAUGCGAAAUGAAUCAGAAAUCGUCUGUUGUGAUGAUGUGCGAUGGCAGACUUUGACCCGGCGGACUCCAUUCUUGUGUCGGAAAAAAGUCCCACGACCCCACCAUGCGAUCCCCCGAGCCCUGUGUCAGACUUGCUUGAUCCCCAGACUGAGUUUGAUAUUGUGGCUCUACAAAGUCUUCCGGACAAGUACUCCUUUGGCACCCCUCGGAAAGGUGGAGAAUUUGACUUGUGCUGGUGGGAAUGCAAUAAAAGCAUCUGGAGUGAUGCUGGAAAGAGUGUCUAAUGAUGCGCAAGUCAGGUGCCCACAGACAACAAACGGCCAGGUGUGUGCGACUCCGACUGAUCAGGAGGCGACAAUCAAACAGAAGUACACGCUCCCUCUUGGAACUCUGACAGUCAUAGGUCCCUAUGAUAAGACAAAAAACACUACACACACCAAAGCCAUUGCGGAGCAGGUGCAUUGGAAGAGGGUUUUGUGACGUCUUUCGCAGGCCCCGUUGGCAAUGAGACGUUGACAUGUGAGGCCGCCAAGGACUGCCCGAUUGUAAUCAAUGGAGCUGGUCAGUGAGGACCUGAGGGACAGCAGACGACGGACAGACGUGGGCAUUGCCAGUCACUAAUCUUUUGUGUCUGUAGGCUUCGACGACUACGACAGCCUUAUGGUCUCUGCGACGCCAUGCAGCAGCCCUGAGUUUGUGGAGCCCCUGGGCCUGUUCGCCAACGGCACAGAGGACAUCGCCCUGCCCGUCGCCGGCGGCUCGUCGAAACAAAAGACAUUCCGAUUCAGCAGCGCCAAGCCACGAUUUGGUGGCCAGCAGUUCCAUCUCUGCUGGUAAGACAAACAAAACUUGCUGCCGAGAAGAUAAAGACCUGCCGACGAUGGUGUCCGAAGGACACUCAGCAGUCACAAUUGUGAGUGUCUCUGCGCAGGUGCGCUGCUCCGAACCCGGGCACUCAAGCGUGUGAUAAUCGGGUCAGUUUCAAUAUAGGAGUAGGAUCGCUGACUGUGAUUGGUAAGGAACUGAGUGAGUGGCAGGACAGGACGAAUAGGAUCGGAUUCUCUGCGAUUUAUCGAAUCAUUCAGGUCCUGACGGAAAGGCGAAUGCCGACUGCGAUGUGGGGCAAACCUGCACUGCAACUAUCAAUGGCCAUGGUAUGAGUAGAACUUUUGGUAGCUCCCAUGUAUCUUCUGCAAACUUUCCAGGCAUUCAGGACGGCGAUACCAUUCUAAUUUCCACAACACUUUGCGGCCCGGACGAUCCUCCGACCACUCCCGUCACUGACCUGUUUGGCGAUCCUAAUGAUCCCAACAACACGCUGAUCGACUACGCACGGGCAUCAGGGGGGAGUGGUCAAAGCUAUAAUUUCGGAACAUCGCAAUACGCCGGGCAUUUCUACUUGUGCUGGUGUGGCAAGAUAGAACUGUCGCGCCAAAAGAAAGUUUGCAUCUGGUGUCUUCUCUCUGUAUCUUUUGCACAGGUGCAAGGGCCCAUGCACUCCAACCGAUUUGGAGAGCUUCACGACAAAUGUCGGCACUUUGGACUUCAACACACUUGCCGGCGGCAUGGCGAUUGACGGUACAUGAGGGAGAGCAGGAUGAAGGAAAAAACCCUGAUUGCACAUUGUUAACAUCCGCUGUCUCUCGCUGAACUGGCGUCCUGAUAAAAGGCCCUGACGGGUUGGGAGUCUUCGAGUUUUCUCUCGGACAAGAAUGCUUCUUCACCAUCGAGGGGACAGGUGUGCAGAUAGAUCACUUAGGGUCUAGCUAUCUAUAUCAGUUGUGUCCAUUUCUUCGGCUCAGGCUUCGACAUCAUGGAUUCGAUAAUCAUUGCUGAGCAGAAUGGCGCCAGGCCAUGCGCCGCACCCAGACCUGUUAGGACUCUCUUCCCUCCCAACACUGACAUAGGUUGGUUCCACAAGACAGGGGAGUGGGACACUUGACGCGGCUCACUUGGCGGUUUGCCGUGGAUCGACUGGAAAGCCGGUGAACCGUACGCAAACGCCCUUGAAGAGAAAUAUGACUGGGGCGAAAAACCGCUGCAUGGUGGAGAAUUUGACCUGUGUUGGUGAGCUCAUGUCACGCGUAUGCUAUGGGCAUGCCCCUUCACCGAUGGCUCUGCGUUUGCACUUGCAGGUGCGGAGGACAUCAAGCUGGGAUCUACUGCCCAAACAGUGCGGCAGACAUCGUUCACAAUUACCUCAUACAUGCUGGCAACCUGACCGUGAGAGGUAUGCCAACUACAUACCACCGCAGGCAUCUAUGGCCAUCUUUGUCCUCAUUCCUGUGCUAGGCCCCAAACAUACCGACUUCGCCGCUGUCUGCACAAUUGGUGCCGCCAGCUGCAGUCUAUCCGGCGUGGAAAUGGGGGGCGAGUCUUCCACAGAUUUUCACAUCGCGGUGAUGGAUGGGGACUGCUCAUCCAGUGCUCCCGGGACCCUGGUCUCCGGAUUCGAUCACAACCCCCAGACAGGACAGAAAGGCGACACGAACGGAGGCUAUGACUUCCCCCUAGGCAAGUUCACGGCGAGCGGGACAUUUAAGUUGUGCUUUUGCGACAGCUGGGUCGGAUCGAGUCCCCGGUCGACCUGCACGGCCCAAGUGUUGGGAGGGUUUCCAUUCACAGUAGGAACCCUCAAAAUCAGAGGUGCUACUGACCAUGAUCUGCGUCUGAGCCGGCGGUGACCAUGAUCUACGUCUGUGAUGCAUUCUCGAGCAGGUCCCAAGAGGAAUGACUAUUUGUCGUCUUGUCCGCUGGGGGCGGCGAGUUGCACGGUGUCGGGAAUUGAGAUCAAGGGCGGCAGUUCGAACGUGGACUUUCACAUUGCCAUCCUCGACGGCCCAUGCGGGUCGGCGGGGGCGGGCGUGGUAUCGCCUUCCUUCGCUCACAACACCUCACAGAGCGGAACAAAGAGCGGCGGUCAAUACGACUUCGCUCUUGGCGCCCCGCCAAUCGAGCGGCCGGCGACGAGCGGCCUCGAUGGCGAGUACUACAUGUGUUUCUGUGACAAGGGGACCGGCUCCGAUUGCACGACCGACAUGGCCGAGUUCGGAGUCACUGUGGGUGAAUUGAGGUUGACAGGUAUGUGCCCACACGCACGGACACCUUCUCACGAGGGACAGACCGCCACCUGGAUGGCUCGCUGAACGGCUGGCUGUGUGGAUCAUGGGGGUCCCUCCCUGGUCAGGCCCGACGACCGACAGCCACACAGGUGUGUGCACACGCGGCAAGAGCUGCACAGUGGAUCGAGUGCCAGUCGACUACGAUGCUUCGGAGGCCUACCACGUUGCAAUUAUGGACCAGCCUUGUUCGGCCACCUCACCCGGCCAGUUCGUGGCGCUGUUCGACGAAAACCCCUCACUCAGGGGAGCCAAAGGCGCCGAUCUCAAUCCACCACACGUUGCCGAGUUCAGCUUCCAAAUGGGCUCUGGAAAUACACUGGCCGAAGCGAGCGCUCUCUACCACGUGUGCUUCUGCGGCAAAGGCGCCAACUGCGCCCUCGCCAACGGGGCGACACCUGCCGACUUCCCUGUCACCACAGGCACCGUCACACUCAGAGGUAAGUAAACACCACACAUAGCUUUCCGCAUCCUCAUGUGCAAGCCAAUAAAAUGUCCUGACAGGUCCCGUUGGCAAUGAGACGUUGACAUGUGAGGCCGCCAUGGACUGCCCGAUUGUAAUCAAUGGAGCUGGUCAGUGAGGGCGUGAGGGGCAGCAGACGACGGACGGACUGGGCAUUGCCAGUCACUAAUCUCUUGUGUCUGUAGGCUUCGACGACUACGACAGUCUCAUGGUAUCUGCGACGCCAUGCAGCAGUCCUGAGUUUGUGGACCCCCUGGGCCUGUUCGCCAACGGCACAGAGGACAUGGCCCUGCCCGUCUCCGGCGGCUCGUCGAAACAAAAGACAUUCCGAUUCAGCAGCGCCAAGCCACGAUUUGGUGGCCAGCAGUUCCAUCUCUGUUGGUAAGACAAACAAAACUUGCUGCCGAGGAGAUAAAGACCUGCCGACGAUGGUGUCCGAAGGACACUCAGCAGUCACAAUUGUGAGUGUCCCUGUGCAGGUGCGCUGCUCCAAACCCGGGCACAGCUGUUGCUUGCAGCGCUCAGGAUCUCUCACAAUAUAGCCUCUCCGCAGGAUUUCUGACUGUUAAAGGUAAGAUACUGCCGGGUGUCUUUUGUACAAGGGUGGUACCUUCUAUCCUCUGUGUCGUUGGAAUAUGAGAGCAGGCCCGGACGGAAAGGCGAAGGUCGACUGCGACAGUGGGAAGGACUGCACUGUCUCCAUAAAUGGCACCGGUAAGGCAGUUGUGAAGUGAGUGUCACUAGCUCUAGUGCCACCUUCUAUUUUGUCGGCGGAAAGGUCUUGCGAGCGAUGAUAAGAUGGUCAUUUCUUCAACUGAGUGUAGCCAUGCCAGCCCUCCGACACCGCUUCUAGACCUAUUCGAAGGUGACGAUACGAAGGUCGAUUUCGCCACGGCAUCUGCGAUGUCGGGCGGCGGACAAUCUGACUACGACUUCGGCAGGGCAUAUCGGGGCUCGGCCGUCUCGCUCUGCUGGUACUUCCCAACAAAACGGCUGCCAAAUGGAAAACCCAGGAUAUGUCUUCACAGGUGUGCGGGACCAUCCUGUAACCAAGAAAGUGCUGAUCUGGCCGACUUCAACAUCCACGCAGGAUCACUUCAUAUCAAUGGUACGUGACCUUUGUUAUAUCCCAAGGCAUGCUCCCUGGACGAGAUGAGGGAACCAAAGAAGAGACACAUGACCCACGUCAAACGGGUACGUGCAUCAAAGUCUGCGCUCGUGGGUGCAGGCCCUUAUGGGAAGGCUGACACUGAAUGUGCUGCUGGACGGCCCUGCUCAGCUACCCUGCAGGGCACAGGUGACACGCCGGGGAGAAGUGAUAGAAAGUCUCUCUCACACAUCUUCCAUUCACUCUGCCGUGUUGAUGUGCUUUGUCUGCUCCGCCCGACCUUUCCUGCUCGUGUCUAUCUUGUGUGCUCACCCUCAGGUCUGGCCGAUCACGAUGACAUUGUGGUCGUGUCUACGACGCAGUGCAGCCUCAGCAGCCCGGCGGCGAGCGGCACCGCUGUGACAGACCUCUUCAUUGAUAUGGCAAACGACCCAAACGACACAAAGGUUGACAGCGCCAGGCAAAUUUCAGGGACAUACUCACUCGGCGAGGCGAGAUAUGGAGGGUCCUUCUACCUGUGCUGGUCAGCGCAAACCCAGGAACUUGCUAUGGUGUGCUGCGGACGUCAACGGCUUUGUGUUUUUCUUCCUCUGUAAAGGUGCACCGGGACUUCAUGUGACCCAGCAUCACAGCUGCAGAUGUUCAACGUCUAUGGGGGACAACUCACCAUUACAGGUCAGUGAAGGACGUGAUGACAUACGUAAGCUGAUCUGCCUUCGAACUUGGUCAUUGACACUUAUGUCAGGUCCCAAGAGGAAUGACUAUUUGUCGUCUUGUCCGCUGGGGGCGGCGAGUUGCACGGUGUCGGGAAUUGAGAUCAAGGGCGGCACUUCGAACGUGGACUUUCACAUUGCCAUCCUCGACGGCCCAUGCGGGUCGGCGGGGGCGGGCCUGGUAUCGCCUUCCUUCGCUCACAACCCCUCACAGAGCGGAACAGAGAGCGGCGGUCAAUACGAGUUCGCUCUUGGCGCCCCGCCAAUAGAGCGGCCGGCGACGAGCGGCCUCGAUGGCGAGUACUACAUGUGUUUCUGUGACAAGGGGACCGGCUCCGAUUGCACGACCGACAUGGCCGAGUUCGGAGUCACUGUGGGUGAAUUGAGGUUGACAGGUAUGUGCCCACACGCACGGACACCUUCUCACGAGGGACAGACCGCCACCUGGAUGGCUCGCUGAACGGCUGGCUGUGUGGAUCAUGGGGGUCCCUCCCUGGUCAGGCCCGACGACCGACAGCCACACAGGUGUGUGCACACGCGGCAAGAGCUGCACAGUGGAUCGAGUGCCAGUCGACCACGAUGCUUCGAGGCCUACCACGUUGCAAUUAUGGACCAGCCUUGUUCGGCCACCUCACCUGGCCAGUUCGUGGCGCUGUUCGACGAAAUCCCCUCCCUCACGGGAGCCAAAGGCGCCGAUCUCAAUCCACCACACGUGGCCGAGUUCAGCUUCCAAAUGGGCUCUGGACAUACACUGGCCGAAGCGAGCGCUCUCUACCACGUGUGCUUCUGCGGCAAAGGCGCCAACUGCGCCCUCGCCAACGGGGCGACACCUGCCGACUUCCCUGUCACGACGGGCACCAUCACACUCAGAGGUAAGUAAACACCACACACAGCUUGCUCUGGACCUCGAACGUGUAAGAUUUCGGCUUUGCAUUUCAUUGCAGGUCCGGCGGACAACGAGUACCCCGAAAUGAAGUGCGUUGCAAGCAUGGCUUGCCAGCUGUCGAUUGGCUUCACAGGUUAAUUAGCGCAACAUGCGCCACGCAAUUCAGCUUCGGUGUGUAUUGCUCCAGUUCUGCUAGAUGUGGCGAUGGGCCAACACGAUACGAUAAUGGUCUCUGCGAAAUCUGCGAGCCCGUGUACUCCCCCGAUCGCCGUCCGUCCUAUGAGGCUGUUCGAAGGCAAUGACGAUAUCGCGGGAACACAGGAGGGCGACACAACCGGGAAGUAUGACAGAUAUGACUUCGGCGUGGCAAGAUUCGGUGGAAGCUUUGACCUGUGUUGGUAAACAUGGCUGUGUCUGGCAUCAGUUUGGCCUCCGGAACUUCCCUAUUGGCGUCUCUGUCCUCGCUUGCAGGUGCGGGGGCUCCUCUACUGAGGCAUGCGAUCCAAGCACACACCAAGGCUUCAAGAUUCACGCGGGCGUGUUGACGGUUAAGGGGCCCAGCCCACCUGCUGAGCUUGAUGUGGCUGUCCCCACGUCAUGCACGGUGGGCUCUGGAUGCACCAUCGCUUCGAAAGGCACCAGGGCAGAUGCAGCAUUGACCACCGGAGGCACAGGAAAUUACACAUAUGCGAUGACCACGAAGCUGCCGGGCAAUCGGUACAAGAUAUGCUGGUGAGUGAGCAAGAGACAGGCAGUCCGCUUCGUUCGUACACUGAUGAUUACCUUCCAGGUGCCCCAACGAAGCGGACUGCACCAAUAUGACCAACUUUGGCACAUUCGCAGGUCUCCUCGAUGUGGCCGGUGAGCUCAGACGGCGUCCGACACCAACCCGUCCUCUCUUUGCAGCGAGUUUUAUUCCCUGCAGGUCCGGCCUUGUAUUGUGAUUCGUUGGUGUCGACGUCCUGUGAGGAUGUGCUGUGUGCGGCUGGGACGUUUUGUCCUUCGGCGCCCCUCACGAUCGGCGGCUAUCAGCUGACUGUAGACGACCGCCUGCUGCUGACAAAAGGCAGUGUGCCGUGCACAGGCGGUCUGCUGGAAGACAUCGACGCCAAUCCCUCGCCCAACCCAUCCAGCAGCACAUCGCAAAGCUUCACAUUCGGCCUCACUCUCUCGGAAGCGGGCCACUACCACGUGUGCUGGUGCGGCAAGGGAUCGGCCGGAGCCUGCAACACGCCGUCAGCCCACCGCGUGCAAAUUGGAACACUGCACAUUACAG